ACUGAGGCACGGUAGUUCAAAACUUCAUCUUCCUCACCAACUAAACCCCACCUACCGUUACAGUCUCCUCUCCUCUCCUCUUGCUUUCCAAAAUCAAUGGCGGAUGUGGAGAUGAAGGUGGAGCUCAUGAGAAAAAUUUUAGAGCAGAAGGAUUCCGAUUCAAAGGAUUUGGAUGAUUCAACUCUAAAGAGAUUUCUGCGUGCUCGAGAUCUAGAUGUUGAAAAGGCAGCAAAUUUUCUAGUAAAACAUCUCAGGUGGAGAAGAGAAGCAAUUCCCAAAGGUUAUAUAUCUGAAUCAGAAAUUCAGAAUGAAAUUGCUCAAAAGAAAAUGUUCGCUCAAGGUUUUGACAAAAUUGGCCGUCCUGUUGGAGUUGUGUUCGGUUGCAGGCACAACGCCUCUAAUAGAGAUUUGAAUGAGUUUAAGCGUUUUGUUGUGUACAUCAUUGAGAAGCUGUGCUCCAGAAUGCAACAAAAUCAGGAGAAAUUUACAAUAAUCGCAGAUCUUCAGGGCUUGGGAUAUUCACAUUGUGACAUACGAGCAUACAUUGCAGCUUUAGAUAUUUUGCAGAACAACUAUCCUGAGAGACUGGGAAAAUGUUUUCUCCUGCAUGUUCCAUACUUGUUCAUGAAAGCAUGGAAGAUUGUCUACCCAUUCAUUGAUAAAAACACCAGAUCCAAGAUAAUCUUUGUUGAAGACAAGAACAUGAUGAGUACACUACUGGAAGAUAUUGAAGAGAACCAGCUCCCAGAACAGUAUGGUGGAAAGCUAAAGUUGGUGCCAAUAGAGCAGUCUUAAGCCCUUUACUACCAUAUCUUCUUCACAACCAACAACUGAGAGAAUAUUAAUGCUCUCUAAUUAUAUCGAUUAAGAAGCUUAAUUGUUCCCAAUUAUGGUCUUAAUUUAUGUGGAAAUCCUCUUAUAAUAACACUGUUAUUCAAUGUGAAACCAUAUUAAGGUUUUAUAAAUAGAGGGCUCUUUUUUUUAAUUU